UAACCACAAACGCCCAUAUUUGCAUUUAUUUUCAGUAUUCUAAGAAUGCGGUUUUAUUUUUAAAAAUUAGCUCUAAUCAGACUCACUGAACCUAAUUAAAAUAAUUUCGUGGCAUAAUCUUAAUCAUAUUGCAUUUUCAAAGCAAGAACAAAUAUCAAAAAUUAGAAUUCUUAAAUUAAAUAAAAUGGCCGAAAAUGAAAUGAAGUUUGACCACGGCGCUGGGGAAUUGACUUUGAAACUUUUCGACAAGCUACAGGCUUCCACAAAUAGGCACAACAUUCUACUUUCACCCUUGUCCAUACAAAUUGCCAUGGCUAUGGCUUUUACUGGGGCCAAAGGUAAGACUGCCGAAGAAAUUGCCUCUGCUAUGAGAUUUGUAUCUCAUUCACCAGAGGAAGUGGGUGAUUCAUUUCGUUUAGUUUUGGAAAAGUAUCAAGACAGUCCUUGGGUAAAAAUCGCCAACAAAAUCUAUGUUCAAGAAGGCAAUGCCAUCAAACUGGAAUAUGCCGCCGUGAUCAAGGAUCAAUAUCAAGCUGCCGCUGAAACGUUGGAUUUUACUAAAAGCGAAGCUGCCGCUCAUAACAUAAAUGCUUGGAUUGAGAGCAAGACUGCAGUUGAAAUCAACGAUUUAAUCUCCGCUGAAUCACUGGGACCCGACCCCCGCUUGGUUCUACUAAAUUUUAUGCACUUUAAGGGAGAAUGGCAGCAGAAAUUCUACGAACAUGAGACUAGAGAAGAUGAUUUCUGGCUAAAUGAGGAGCAAUCAGUGAAGUUGAAAUUUAUGUAUAUUGAGUCUAAAUUUCGUUAUGGAUUUAUAAAGGACUGGGACUGUGAAGGCUUAGAACUACCUUAUAACGACUCAGAUCUCAGCAUGUUGGUUUUAUUGCCUGUCAAACGUGACGGCUUAAAGAAUUUGGCUAAGAAAUUGAAAAACUUUAAUCUAUGGGAUUUGGAUAAAAGACUGGAAAAUGUGCGUGAUAAGGUCGUAAGAUUUCCCAAAUUCAAAAUUGAAUAUUCCAUUGAAUUAUCGGAUGUACUAAAGGAGAUGGGCAUUACAACCGCUUUCAGUAAACGUGCCGAAUUUUAUAAUAUCUUGGAAACAGACGCACAUAUUCACAUCUCCAAAGUAUUCCACAAGUCUUCAAUUGAAGUAAACGAGGCUGGCACAGAAACAGCUGGUGGCAUUGCACUGCGAAUGCUGUCACUUCGCACAUCAGAAGAAUUUGAUGCCAAUCGCCCAUUCCUUUAUUUUAUUUGGGAUAAGAAAAAUAUUUUUUUAGCGGGAGCCUUUGUGAAUCCUACAAAUAUUUAAUAGACUUUGUUUAAUAAAAAUUUAAAUUGAAUUUUUGGUUAAAAUUA